AUGACAGAAAAGAAUAGAAUAGAGUACCACGAGCAACAACCAAGCAUUGCUAAAGAAGUCGGCGACAGGGACGGACAAGAUCGUGCCUAUGGCAAUCUCGGCAAUGCUUAUCAAUGCCUUGGCCGAUUCCAACAAGCAAUAGAGUACCACGAGCAAUGUCUGAGCAUCGCAAUAGAAGUCGGCGACAGAGCCGGACAAGAAAGUGCCUAUGGCAAUCUCGGCAAUGCUUAUUACCGCCUUGGCCAAUUCCAACAAGCAAUAGAGUACCACAAGCAAUGCCUGAGCAUUGCAAUAGAAGUCAGCGACAGGGCCGGACAAGGACGUGCCUAUUGCAAUCUCGGCAUUGCUUAUCGAUCCCUUGGCCAAUCGCAACAAGCAAUAGAGUACCACAAGCAAUGCCUGAGCAUUGCAAUAGAAGUCAGCGACAGGGCCGGACAAGGACGUGCCUAUGGCAAUCUCGGCAUUGCUUAUCGAUCCCUUGGCCAAUUCCAACAAGCAAUAGAGUACCACAAGCAAUGCCUGAGCAUUGCAAUAGAAGUCGGCGACAGGGCCGGACAAGGACGUGCCUAUGGCAUGCUCGGCAUUGCUUAUCGAUCCCUUGGCCAAUUCCAUCAAGCAAUAGAGUACCACAAGCAAUGCCUGAGCAUUGCAAUAGAAUUCGGCGACAGCGCCGAACAAGGACGUGCCUAUGGCAUGCUCGGCAUUGCUUAUGACUGCCUUGGACAAUUCCAACAAGCAAUAGCGUUUCACAAGCAAGACCUGGGCAUUGCAAUAGAAGUCAGCGACAGGGACGGACAAGAACGUGCCUAUGGCAAUCUCGGCAAUGUUUAUCAAUGCCUUGGCCAAUUCCAACAAGCAAUAGAGUACCACAAGCAAUGCCUGAGCAUUGCAAUAGAAGUCGGCGACAGAGCCGGACAAGGACGUACCUAUGGCAAUCUCGGCAAUGAUUAUUGCUGCCUUGGCCAAUUCCAAAAAGCAAUAGAGUACUACAAGCAAUGCCUGAGUAUUGCAAUAGAAUUCGGCGACAGGGACGGACAAGGAAGUACCUAUGGCAAUCUCGGCAUUGCUUAUCAAUCCCUUGGCCAAUGCCAACAAGCAAUAGAGUACCACAAGCAAGACCUGAGCAUUGCAAUAGAAGUCGGCAACAGGGCCGGACAAGCAGCUACCUAUGGCAAUCUCGGCAUUGCUUAUUGCCGCCUUGGCCAAUUCCAACAAGCAAUAGAGUACCACAAGCAAGACCUGAGCAUUGCAAUAGAAGUCAGCGACAGGGCCGGACAAGGACGUGCCUAUGAUAAUCUCGGUGAUGCCUAUUUAUACCUCGAGGACUUCGAACAAUCAAUGAAGCACUUCAAGCAAGGCCUCAGCAUUGCAAUAGAAGUCGGCGACAGGGCUGGAGAAGGAAGGUCCUAUAGUAACCUCGGCUCAGUUUAUAACUCCCUCGGCGACUUCCAAAGAGCAAUAGAGCAUCAUAAGCAAAGCCUAAGCAUUGCUAAGGAAGUGGGCGACAGGUCCGGAGAGGGAUAUACCUAUGGCCAACUCGGCCUUGCUUAUAUAUCCAUUGAACAAUUCCAACAAGCUUUCGAGUACCACAAGCAACAGCUGAAAAUUGCUAAGGAAGUGGGUGACAUGUUCCAAGAAGGAUGUUCCUAUAGAAACUUGGGUAUAACUCUUAUGUUGUCAGGUUCUUUGGAUGAGGCUGUAGUUCAUUUCAGAUUCAGCGUAAAAACGUUGGAUACCAUUAGGAAAAGUUUCAUUUCGGAAGAUGCAUGGAAAAUAAGUUUUCGUAAGCGUUUCAAACACAGCCAUCAUUAUUUAUGUCGAGUUCUUAUAGCGCUUCAAAAGACGGAUGAGGCUUUGUUCGCGGCCGAACGGGGACGAGCAGCGGCUCUGCUAGAUGCCUUGAAAAUAAAGUAUGGCCUUACAUCCCUUUCGCCCAUUUCAAAUGAAACUGAGGAAGAUUUCGCAUGCAUUUCAAGGAACAUAUCUGUUUUGACAAUGUUUAUUGCAUUGGACAAUGGAACAAUAAGCUUGUGGGUACUGGGAAAGAAAACCAACGCUAUUUUUAGGCAGGCAGUACUAAAAGGUGGAGGUUCACACGAAGAUCCCUUUGAUGCAGUUUUGAAAGCUUCUUUGAUAAAAAUUGGGGCUGGCAGAGAUGUUAGAUGCGAGAAUCGGUCACUUGAUGUUUCAAGCGAUAAGUCAACUUCAAGUUCUCAGGAAGAUGAUAAAAUAUCGAUUCCAUCGGACGAGAAUAUCGACUGGUUACAGCCAUUGCAUGAUAUAGUUUUUGGUCCCAUCGAAGACUUACUUGAUGGCGAUGAACUGGUUGUAGUCCCUGAUGGUGCUUUGUGUUUAGCUCCUUGGACAGCCCUAAGUAGGACAGACAGGGAGCAGUAUACAAGAUCAAAUGCUGCGACUGCCAGGCUUCUUACAUUGGUGAAACCGGCAGAAACCUAAGCACGCGACUGACCGAACACGAACGAGCGAUGAGGAAUGGUGACGUCAACAAUCACAUUGCUGAACACCAUUUACAGACGAAACAUCAAAUUGAUUCAGACUCUGCAACAUGUAUUACGUAUUCUACAGACUACUACCAACGACUUACUUAAUAGAAAGCUGGUCUACUAACUUUAAUUAGAACAAGCGCCACUGAAUCUUAGCCAACAGUUACCAGCACUGUACAAACGAUUUAUUGACGACAUUAAGCAAAACUAACUACGAGAGAACGACUGGAGAAAUGACAAUUUGACUAACAAUAGACGACUGUUUAACUGUGACAAUAGACGGAUCGAAACGCACCAAUAACUGUUCACGAGUCUUCAUAGCUAAUAACAUCACGGCUUAACUGACAGACGGCCAAUAACAUCGCGACGUAAUUGACCAAUCAGAUCAAUAACGAGAGUAUAAUAUCAUGAACUGACGUGAUACAACUAACUUUGACUCUGAAGACGACUACCGCACAGGUUGUCGCAACGUCAGUCACUGUCAACAACAACAGUCCUAUUCAGGACUACGUUCACCCGGACGAUCAAACUCAAGCUACUUUUGAAACGACUGCUGGGUUCAAACCUUUCACAGUAUUAAAAUAUGUGCGUUAGAGUGCAGAAGGAUUUUAAAUUUUUGUCUGUCCGAUCCAUAAAACUAAUUUCAGUUUAACAUGUAUUAGAAAGCACAUUUCUGCAUUUUCUUCACAUCAACGCGCACAACUCUAUAAUGAAAACAGAAAAGUAAAAGACAGGAAACAAUGAUAACUUUAUAUUUCCUUUUCUAGGUGUAUUACCAUCAAGAAACAGCCACAUUUUCAUACUACAACUGCUAAAUGACAGAAAAGAAUAGAAUAGAGUACCACGAGCAACAACCAAGCAUUGCUAAAGAAGUCGGCGACAGGGACGGACAAGAUCGUGCCUAUGGCAAUCUCGGCAAUGCUUAUCAAUGCCUUGGCCGAUUCCAACAAGCAAUAGAGUACCACGAGCAAUGUCUGAGCAUCGCAAUAGAAGUCGGCGACAGAGCCGGACAAGAAAGUGCCUAUGGCAAUCUCGGCAAUGCUUAUUACCGCCUUGGCCAAUUCCAACAAGCAAUAGAGUACCACAAGCAAUGCCUGAGCAUUGCAAUAGAAGUCGGCGACCGAGCAGGACAAGAAAGUGCCUAUGGCAAUCUCGGCAAUGCUUAUUACCGCCUUGGCCAAUUCCAACAAGCAAUAGAGUACCACAAGCAAUGCCUGAGCAUUGCAAUAGAAGUCAGCGACAGGGCCGGACAAGGACGUGCCUAUUGCAAUCUCGGCAUUGCUUAUCGAUCCCUUGGCCAAUCGCAACAAGCAAUAGAGUACCACAAGCAAUGCCUGAGCAUUGCAAUAGAAGUCAGCGACAGGGCCGGACAAGGACGUGCCUAUGGCAAUCUCGGCAUUGCUUAUCGAUCCCUUGGCCAAUUCCAACAAGCAAUAGAGUACCACAAGCAAUGCCUGAGCAUUGCAAUAGAAGUCGGCGACAGGGCCGGACAAGGACGUGCCUAUGGCAUGCUCGGCAUUGCUUAUCGAUCCCUUGGCCAAUUCCAUCAAGCAAUAGAGUACCACAAGCAAUGCCUGAGCAUUGCAAUAGAAUUCGGCGACAGCGCCGAACAAGGACGUGCCUAUGGCAUGCUCGGCAUUGCUUAUGACUGCCUUGGACAAUUCCAACAAGCAAUAGCGUUUCACAAGCAAGACCUGGGCAUUGCAAUAGAAGUCAGCGACAGGGACGGACAAGAACGUGCCUAUGGCAAUCUCGGCAAUGUUUAUCAAUGCCUUGGCCAAUUCCAACAAGCAAUAGAGUACCACAAGCAAUGCCUGAGCAUUGCAAUAGAAGUCGGCGACAGAGCCGGACAAGGACGUACCUAUGGCAAUCUCGGCAAUGAUUAUUGCUGCCUUGGCCAAUUCCAAAAAGCAAUAGAGUACUACAAGCAAUGCCUGAGUAUUGCAAUAGAAUUCGGCGACAGGGACGGACAAGGAAGUACCUAUGGCAAUCUCGGCAUUGCUUAUCAAUCCCUUGGCCAAUGCCAACAAGCAAUAGAGUACCACAAGCAAGACCUGAGCAUUGCAAUAGAAGUCGGCAACAGGGCCGGACAAGCAGCUACCUAUGGCAAUCUCGGCAUUGCUUAUUGCCGCCUUGGCCAAUUCCAACAAGCAAUAGAGUACCACAAGCAAGACCUGAGCAUUGCAAUAGAAGUCAGCGACAGGGCCGGACAAGGACGUGCCUAUGAUAAUCUCGGUGAUGCCUAUUUAUACCUCGAGGACUUCGAACAAUCAAUGAAGCACUUCAAGCAAGGCCUCAGCAUUGCAAUAGAAGUCGGCGACAGGGCUGGAGAAGGAAGGUCCUAUAGUAACCUCGGCUCAGUUUAUAACUCCCUCGGCGACUUCCAAAGAGCAAUAGAGCAUCAUAAGCAAAGCCUAAGCAUUGCUAAGGAAGUGGGCGACAGGUCCGGAGAGGGAUAUACCUAUGGCCAACUCGGCCUUGCUUAUAUAUCCAUUGAACAAUUCCAACAAGCUUUCGAGUACCACAAGCAACAGCUGAAAAUUGCUAAGGAAGUGGGUGACAUGUUCCAAGAAGGAUGUUCCUAUAGAAACUUGGGUAUAACUCUUAUGUUGUCAGGUUCUUUGGAUGAGGCUGUAGUUCAUUUCAGAUUCAGCGUAAAAACGUUGGAUACCAUUAGGAAAAGUUUCAUUUCGGAAGAUGCAUGGAAAAUAAGUUUUCGUAAGCGUUUCAAACACAGCCAUCAUUAUUUAUGUCGAGUUCUUAUAGCGCUUCAAAAGACGGAUGAGGCUUUGUUCGCGGCCGAACGGGGACGAGCAGCGGCUCUGCUAGAUGCCUUGAAAAUAAAGUAUGGCCUUACAUCCCUUUCGCCCAUUUCAAAUGAAACUGAGGAAGAUUUCGCAUGCAUUUCAAGGAACAUAUCUGUUUUGACAAUGUUUAUUGCAUUGGACAAUGGAACAAUAAGCUUGUGGGUACUGGGAAAGAAAACCAACGCUAUUUUUAGGCAGGCAGUACUAAAAGGUGGAGGUUCACACGAAGAUCCCUUUGAUGCAGUUUUGAAAGCUUCUUUGAUAAAAAUUGGGGCUGGCAGAGAUGUUAGAUGCGAGAAUCGGUCACUUGAUGUUUCAAGCGAUAAGUCAACUUCAAGUUCUCAGGAAGAUGAUAAAAUAUCGAUUCCAUCGGACGAGAAUAUCGACUGGUUACAGCCAUUGCAUGAUAUAGUUUUUGGUCCCAUCGAAGACUUACUUGAUGGCGAUGAACUGGUUGUAGUCCCUGAUGGUGCUUUGUGUUUAGCUCCUUGGACAGCCCUAAGUGAAACUUUAAGGAUCUGUAUUAUUCCCUCACUGACAAGUUUGAAAGUAAUAAGAGAUUCUUCAAGUGAAUAUCACAGUAAAACUGGCGCCCUGCUUGUUGGAGAUCCAUGUUUGAGGAAAGUUACAAAUAAAUGGGAUAAACCCAUUUAUGAUCAGCUGGAGUUCGCAAGAAAAGAAGUGGAGAUGAUUGGAAAACUUCUUAACAGCCAACCACUCACAGGAGAAGCUGCAACCAAAGAAGAGUUGCUUCGGAGAAUAGAUUCAGUCGCGUUGAUUCACAUUGCAGCACACGGAGGAAAGGAAGCUGGUGAAAUUGCUUUGGCUCCCAACCCCGGGUGGCAAUCCAAGACUCGUAUCCCUACGGAAGAGGACUACAUGUUGAAAAUGUCUGAUUUACAGGCCAUUCAGCUGACAGCGAGGCUAGUUGUGCUUAGUUGCUGCCAUAGUGGUCAAGGAGAGGUCUCGUCUGAGGGUGUGGUCGGUAUGGCAAGGGCUUUCUUGUUUGCUGGUGCUCGUUCUGUGCUGGCGUCACUCUGGGCUAUUGAUGAUGAAGCCACGAUGGUGUUUAUGGAAUGUUUCUACCAACACCUGAGAGGUGGAGAAAGUGCUAGUACUGCUCUGCAGAAGGCCAUGAAAUGCCUUCGAGAUUCGGACGACUUUUCCGCCCCAAAGUACUGGGCUCCAUUUGUACUGAUUGGCGAUGACGUCACGAUUGAAUUUGAUGUAAACCGUUGA